AUUGUGUAAAUGCAAAUAGGCCAUGAAUUAAAAAAGAAGAAGAAGAAGAAGCGACCGUGCAUGUUUUGUGGAUAAGUUGUGCUUUUGCUUUCAGAUUUUUAACGUACCUUCAUCUUAUUUUAACAAUAACAUGUCGUCGAUUGAUUUUGACCCUUCUAUAAAAUUAUGUCUAAAGUACUUGCACUCAAGUGCACCAGACUCGACUGAACAAUUAAGACUUACUCUUGAUGACGUUAUUAAACAGACCUAUGGCAGUUCAAAGACAUUAGGAAAUGUUCUACCAAAAAAGUAUCUAAAUGAAGAAAAAAUGAGUUCACCAAGAUCAAAGCAUAAAAGUGAGAAGUCUACCGGCAAACUGGUUCCUAUUCCACAGCCAAGCCCUCAACAAAUACAAAUUCCUGAAAGAGAAAAUGAUGAUGGCUCUGUUAUGGAUGGGGAGCUGGCUUUUGAUUUGCUAGAGGAAGACCUGACAUGUGCAGUAUGCAGACAAAUUGCCGUACAGGCAGGCAAUCGUUUGGUAGAGUGUGACGCUUGUCAUGCCUUAUACCAUCAGGAUUGUCACAAACCAGUUAUAAGUGACAGCGAUAUGAGUUCUGGUUGGCAAUGUGCAUCAUGUCUUUCUUCUCAAGGAUUUACCGCAGGCUACUCCAAAGUCUCAUCUUCAUCAAAGUCACCUUCACAUAUAUCAGAGUCCACUACACCUGUAAAAAUAUCUUCAAGUAGCUCAGCUUCAUCUUCUCCAUCAAAACUGGUUACUCCUAAUAUCAACAUUAUAUCUGCUGACAAGCGUCUCCAGAUUAUGAAAAAGAAAGCAGCCAAACAGCAUGAGAAAAAAAAGAGUUCAAAAUAAGCUGCAUGAUUAACAUUCAAAAAUAUUCCAAUGCGUCUUUCCAAUUGUAUUAAGUUUAACAUAGAAUGUAUGUAUUAACUUUCACAAUCACAAAUAAAUACAAUAAAUAACUUUACUGUGACUGUUUCUGUCAUAAACAAUUCAUUUAAGGAUUCCUUUGCAGGU